CGCCCACCCCGGCAUUUUUUUCGUCAGAUUCAAUCGACUCUCCUAUCCCACGACUGCGGCGAUCAGGGCCGGCAGUAUGGGGGUGGCCGCCCGCUGGCCGAGCUCGGAUCCACCACACGACCAUCCCCGCGCGAGCACUCCGCUCUAUCCCCACUGAUUGCAGCGACCAGCGAUGACGGAUUGGAGGAGGCCACCCGACCGGCCGAGCUCUGCAUCAACCAGCGACAGCGGAUUGGAGGAGGCCGCCCCACCCGGCUCUCUUUCCCCACCGAUUGCAGCGACCGGCGCCGGCUGACGAUAAUUUUCUCAUCCCGCCCUCCUCAUCCCGCAAGCUCUAGACAGAAGGGAUCACCAUUGAAGGGAUUUGGGGGAGAAAAGCACACGCGGUCGUGAGAUUUAUUUACAUCUCUGAAUACAACGACCAUGUGGCAAAUCCAGUAGCACUGUAAGAUUUACUCGGUCUUUAUUCAGUUGUCGUGAGAUUUCCUGUAGUUCAAGGAUCAUGUGGCUUCUCUGUUUGUGGUUCUGCUACCCCAUAAAUAGUCCUUACCUAGGAUCGUUAGAACUGAAUGUGUGCACUUGUUCUUGAUACAAUAUAUUACCAUAUGGAGUUCACGUUGUAUGUUCUUUAUUUUGAAUUCUGGAUAAAGACUAAGUCUGCACUUGUUCUUGUUCAAAACUGAAUAAAGACUGAGUCUGCACUUGUGCGAAACUGAAUAAAGGCCGAGUCUGCACUUGUUCUUGUUUAACUGAAUUCUGGAUGCUCCAUAUUUCCAAGUAUGUUAUUUAUUUCGAUCUGUUCUGCAACCCUCCAAAGCAUCGUACAGUAAUGUCUUUGCCAUCAUAAAUUAGACAAGCAUCAAUUCCAAGUUAGCAGAACUGCUUGUUUAAAACUGUUUUACACAAACUAGCAUUUUUUUGUCUACUAGCAAUGAAAGCCAAGUUUCAAGAGACAAGUUUAACUAGAUUUCAGUCAUCUACUAUUGAUAAUGUAGGCUGGUACAAGGUUCUCCAGAAAUGAUAGGCACAUCCGAACAAUCAGAUAACAUGAUUACAUUACAAGGCCAAGCUUGUAAUGUAGAUGCAUUAGCAUGCUCCACUGGUCCAGCUGAUCCACGACCGUCAAGGAGAGGUCGUGGACGUAGACCAACCGUGACCUACAGACCCAGUCCAAGCUGCAAAGCUUUCUUCUGAGUGUGGCAUCCACAUCAGGAGCCGAAUGCAUGUUGCUACGCACUGGAAUGACUAUGACAAAAGCCCACUCAAACAUGUUAUUCCCCAUGCUAUUAAAGAUAUCGCGCUUAACUUUGAGAUGGAAAAGGAUGACAAGGUUGGGAAUGAUGUAUGCACAAAAGUAAUCCAGAAGGGUGUUCGACAACAACGCUACAGGCUAAAGAAGAAAUACUUCAAUGGUUAUACUGCUCAGGAAGCAUUAUCAAAUAAGCCAGCGAACAUCACUCAUGAGAAUUGGACCAGCCAUGUCAAUAAAUGGUCUGAUGAAAGAAACAAGGAAAUAUGUCAAAUGAAUAAGGAAAACCGAGAAGCUGUCAAGCAUCACCAAAAGACUGGAUCUAUGUCUUAUGUUGCCUUUUUCAGCAAACUUGAAAAAGACAAGUACAAUAAUCAGGACACAAGUCCCAUUGAGUUUUUCAAAGACACCCAUACAAACAGCAAGACUGGUAGCAUGAGCGAGCCGACACUUCUAGCUCAUAAUGCGAUGGAAAAGAAAAGGGAAACACAAUCAGAAGGUGAGUAGCUAGUAUCUGAUACAGCGAUUGUGGCUGAAGUUCUAAAGGAAGAAAGAGCCCAUAGCACCUUUCUUUCCAGCAUGGGGUAUGCAUCAAGAUCUGGGAGGUCUGGGAGCUCUCCCAGAUCCGAGUUUUAGAAGAAAGAAUUGAACAGAAGGAUAGAGAGGCAAGAGAUGCAAAUGACAGGCAUCGGGAGGAGUUAGCCGCAAGACUUGAAGCACAAGAGAGAGUAUUUUAAGAGAUACAAAAGAAACAUCAGGAAGAAUUGGAAGCUCUAAAGAAGAGCGAGCAAGAGAAGAAUGAAGCUUGUGUAAAGAAGCAAAAGGAGACGGAUAAUCUGCUAGAUUUUCUCUUGAGGGCACAAGCAACUCAGCAAGCAACUCAGCAAUCCCAGUCCAAACCAGAUGGUUCAUGAAUGCCAUCCUUACAUUGGAAUUAUAAAGAGAACAUAUGUGGUCUUUAGUUAAUAUUAGUUUUCAUCUUGUCUAUUGUCUGUGUCAAACUUGAGUCAGUUUUUUACUGUCACUUUUGUUUACAGAAUGAUUUGGCUGAGACGAUUUCAUAUAUAAUAUGAUUUGACUUUCAUAUCAA